GAACACCUGCACAACACUCUUCUUCCUCCAAGCAGACUGUUAACCACUUUGCAGCUCAAGCUCUACACCAUGUGCCAGUCACAUCACAUCACAGGGAUCUAUUGUGACUUCAUUCAAACAUCAAAGGAUCCAGAGACCGGCAUCCUGCAGGCCAGAGUGCGAGCUGAGCAGGUCCCUCUGGGGGAUUCCUGGACUCGGAGUCAGUUCCCCCUCUCACCCCUACCCCAUCUCUGGCAAUGGUGCCCUCGUGGGCUCUACCGUGCAGCUGGGGGGGUAGGAGAAGAUGAAUGGUGGCUGGAGAGCCAUCAGGUGGUCUCUGGUGUCCCAGAGAUACUCCUCCGCCAACUACACAGAUGAGGCCAUAGCAAAGUAAAUACCUGAGGCUGGCAGCACUUCUUGGGAGCAGGCCUGGUUUGAGAGUUUUAAAUAUAUAUACUUUCCAAUUGAUUCUUCUUUCUCUCAUUUUUUCUUUAAACAAGGUGACAUGAACAUGGAUAAAAGGAAGAUGCAUUUUUUUAAAAAAAUGUUCAGUAAUGCAGUAUUAAUAUAAAUCUGUUGUGUUAUAAAAUGUUUAUUUAAAAAUAUAACAGGACCUUCCUACAAAUGGUGAAGAUGAAGUACUUUAUUCCACUGAUCACAAAAUGAAAGCCAUUUUUUUGGGGAGUUACAAAUAAAAACCA